GACCCGUUCCUCAUGUGCGACGAGUUCGGCCCCACGGUGUCCCGGAGGGCCUACGGCAACGACACGGACGCGGGCUUCGACGUGCCCUGGCACCCGCACCACGGCAUGGACAUUCUGUCCUACAUCGUCGAGGGCUGCGGGCGGCACGCGGACUCGCUGGGCAACCGCGAGGUCUACGCGUCGCCGGGCUUCCAGUGGAUGUCCGUCGGCAGCGGCGUCGAGCACGCCGAGGGCGGCGGCACGCCCGCGGGCGAGCGGACGCACGGCUUCCAGAUCUGGCUCAAGAUGCCCCGGGCGAAGAUGGGCGACGCGCCGCGCUACGGCACCGUGGAGCCGUCGGCGAUCACGACGGUAGAUCUCGACGGCGCGGGAUCCGUCGCGCGCGUCAUCGCGGGGCCGUUCCGCGACGCGACGGGCCCGGCGUCCUUCGCCGUGACCGUGCAGAUCGUCGACGUCGACCUCCGGCCCGGCGCGGACUUCGCCUACGAGCGGCCGAGCCACAUGGACAACGCCAUGUUCUACUGCUUCAAGGGCGCGGGCACGCUCAACGGCGAACCCUUCAAGGCGCAGCAGAUCUGCCGCUUCGACACGUCCGGCGGCUCCGUGAAGGCGGCCGUGUCGGCGGGCGCGGCCGGCCUGCGCAUGAUGGUCUUCACGGGGAAGAUGACGAAGGAGGACGUCGUCUGGCACGGGCCCUUCGUCUGCGCGGACCGCGCCCAGCUG